AUGGACAGUUCAGAUGCGGAUCUAGAUAGAAUUGAGGCACAAAGCUCAACGGAUGUGUCUCAUGAUCAAGAGAACGGAACACACUUACCCAUGGACGACAUACUUGGUUCACAAGACUUCUCUCAAAGCGAAGGAGAUGGCGCCACGCCUCUUACGGGAGACCGUGAAGUAGUAGUGCAACGGUUACUUGCUAGAUUUAGAUUGUCGGAUACUCUCCCUGGUGAAGAUGUCGAGAUGACUCCGGAGACUUUUAGUGGAAUAAGUGAUGGGAACAAAGAAUGUAUGGAGAAGUUGGUAAGGGAUGAAACCCCAAUUGCACGUCUCAGGAGCAGUACAGGAGAUUCGAUUCUUCAUCUUGCUGUUACAUGGGGUCAUCUAGAACUAGUAAAGGAUAUUGUCAUUCAAUUUCCACGCCUUCUAUUAGCCAAAAAUUCAAGCGGUCAGACACCACUUCAUGUGGCUGCUCAUGGGGGUUAUACUCCUAUUGUUAAGUUUUUCGUUGCAUUGGUAGCAUUAGCUUCAUCAAGACUGUGCACCGAAGAGAUUAAGACUCUGAAUCCCUUUGUUCUCAAAGACGAAGAUGGAAAUACAGCUCUGCACUUGGCCAUUGAAGGACUUUAUUUCGAGGUGGCUGCAUAUCUGGUGAACGCGGACAAGGAUGCUCCUUUACUUGGAAAUAACAAGGGAGUUUCUUCCUUGUAUAUGGCAGUAGAGGCUGGAAGGAUAUCCCUUGUGAAAACAAUUUUGAAAAAUGCAGGCAACUUAGAUUCGAAAUUGCAAGGGAGAAAACAUCUUGCACAUGUUGCUUUGCAGGCCGGGAGUCUAGGUAUCCUUGAUGUUAUUCUGAAUGAAUACCCAACUCUUGUAGACGAGCGAGAUAGUGAAGGAAGGACGUGUCUGUCCUUCGGAGUAUCCAUAGAGUAUUAUGGAGGAGUACACAAGAUCUUAAACCAAUCACCAAAGAGUGUUUACGUCCGCAACAGUGAUGGUUCAUUUCCAAUCCAUACGGCUGCAGAGGUUGAUAACUCAAUACUUGUCAGAAAAAUUUUAAAACGUUGUCCAGAUUCAAAGUACCUGCUUAAUAAACUUGGUCAGAACGUGCUUCACAUUGGAGCAAUGAGUGGGAGCUACUCGGUUACAAAAUUCUUGAUGAAUAACAAAGAUACGGAACAUCUUGGUGUUGGGCAAGAUAUGAACGGGAAUACACCAUUGCACCUUGCCAUCAUGAACUGGCACUCUCAAUGCAUUACUUUUCUUGCCAAGAGUAGCAAGAUACUAAAUUUACGGAACAAAAGCGGUUUAAGAGCUAAGGAUAUUGCCGAGUUAGAACUGAAACCUAACUACAUCUUUCAGGAGAGGUGGACAUUGGCUCUCUUAUUAUACACUAUUCACACAAGGGGUUUCGAAUCUGUAGACUCAUUAACAAGACCGGCAGAGCCACUAGACCCUAAGAAUAACAGAGAUUACGUUACGUCAACACUCUUCUACUCGUUGCUGCUCUUGUCGCCACAAUGACGUUUGCUGCAGGUUUUACAAUACCAGGUGGAUUUAACAGCUCUGCUCCACACUUGGGCAGGGCAACCUUGGCUAAUAACCCAACCCUCUUCAU